AUGACCAAGAUCGUCCAAAAAGGAGAUCAAGGUCCAAGCGCGGGGGUGGAGUGGGCCGCGAUCAAAAGGGACACGCGAGAGGCAGCAGGAGACAGCAGCAGGGAGGAGGAGAAGAAGGAGGAGGAGAAGGAGGAGGAGGAGGAGGAGGAAGAGGAGGAAGAAGAGGAAGAAGAGGAAGAAGAGGAAGAAGAGGAGAAAGAAGAGGAAGAAGAGGAGGAAGAAGAGGAGGAGGAAGAAGAGGAAGAAGAGGAGGAAGAAGAGGAGGAGGAAGAAGAGGAAGGGGAGGAGGAGGAAGAAGAGGAAGGGGAGGAGGAGGAAGAAGAGGAAGGGGAGGAGGAGGAAGAAGAGGAAGGGGAGGAGGAGGAAGAAGAGGAAGGGGAGGAGGAGGAAGAAGAGGAAGGGGAGGAGGAGGAAGAGGACGGGAGGGCGGGAGGAGCCGAGCACGAGGAGGAGUUGUUUGGUUGUGAAGCACAAACAACUCCUCCCUUUCUUACAUGUUAA